AUGCCAGCUGAAGGUGUACCUUUAAAACCAAAAGACAAAAUGCUCAAAAACGAGGAGGUGUUGAGACUGGUCAAGUUAUUUGCGGACCAUGGGAUUGACAAAGUGAGACUAACUGGAGGAGAGCCAACAAUUCGAAAGGAUAUUGUACAAAUUGUUGAAGGAAUAGCGUCUACACCAGGUGUCAAAGAUGUGGGGAUCACAACAAAUGGAUUGGUGCUGCCAAGGUUUUUGCCAGAUCUAAAAAACGCGGGAUUGACUAAGGUGAACAUCAGUAUUGAUUCUUUGGACCGGCAGAAAUUCGCUAAAAUGACUCGCCGAGACGGAUUUGACAAGGUGUGGAAAUCCAUUGAACUUGCACAAGACUAUUUUCCAAAAGUCAAGCUCAACGUGGUUGUCAUUCGAAACCAGAAUGAAAAUGAAAUUGUGGAUUUUGUGAACCUCACCGCCAACCGUAACCUUGACAUUCGGUUCAUCGAAUUCAUGCCAUUUGGAGGAAACGAAUUCAAAAACGAUAAUUUCUAUGGAUAUCGAGAAAUACUCAGCUUGAUAGUUGAGAAGUUCGGAGACGACGUGAUUCGGUUGUCAGAUUCUCCGAACGAUACUACAAAGGCUUAUAAGAUUGAAGGAUUUCAAGGACAAUUCGGGUUUAUCAGCUCGAUGUCGGAUCAUUUUUGUAAUACAUGCAAUCGGUUGAGAAUUACUGCCGACGGCAAUUUGAAAGUAUGCCUCCAUGGGAACUCUGAAGUCAGUCUUCGUGACAAGAUUCGAGAUGGCUCUUCUGAUGAGCAACUUUCGGAAAUUAUCCAGAAAGCGGUCAACAAUAAGAAAGCAAGGCAUGCCGGAAUGGACGCUCUCAAAAAUCUUCCCAAUCGUCCUAUGAUUCUUAUCGGAGCAUACUCAAUUCCAUCGGUGCUCACUCAUGUUGACAGCAAUGGCCGGGCAACACAAGUCGAUGUUUCUGCGAAAGCUAACACUAUAAGAACCGCUAUAGCCAAGGGAACAAUUAUGUUAACCCCAGAGAUCUCUCGACAAGUCUCCGAAAAUACCAUCAAAAAGGGAGAUGUGUUGACUGUAGCCAAGAUUGCCAGCAUCAUGAGCGCAAAAAAAGUUGCGAAUCUGAUUCCACUAUGUCAUCCGAUACGUUUGGAUUUUGUUGAUACUGUAUUUGAGCACGACUUGGAAAAUCACCAACUUCAUUGUAUUUCUACUGCCAAAUGUGGCGGGAACACCGGAGUUGAAAUGGAGGCGCUCACCGCUUGUACAAUUGCUCUACUCACCAUCUACGAUAUGUGCAAAGCGAUAAGCCAGAAAAUGGUCAUCUCCAACAUUCACCUUAUUGAUCCAAUCCCACACCGCCCACAACCAGCUCCACGUCCAGUCUCCACUUACAUUGCCCCUGCGCCAGUGCCUCCACCAAAACCCACCGUUGAACAUCCCCAAUACGCUCCAAUUCCAGCACGUCACGACGAGCACCAAUACGCCCAUCUCCAUCAUCCUGUUGUCGCCGAGCAAGUGCCUCUUCAGCCUGUUAACAGUGCUCCAGGCGGUGGAAGACGUCCUGGAAGCAGUAUUCCAGGCGCUGUCAAUGUCUUUGGUUUUGCUUCGAAUGCUCAACCAAAAGUCAGCUAUACCCCAAUUCAAAAUGGCACGUCUUAUCAAGUUGUGACUAGUGAUUACAUUCGCGGAUUGAUCAAACUCAAGGAUUGA